AUGGAUGUUAGUCAAAUUUUUAAGUUUGAUACAUCUUGUGUUGUUUUAAAUUGUGAUGUUAAAACUUGUGAACAUUUCAAUGCUGUGUUGCGGACUGUCUUUGAUAUUAAUAAUGAUUUAUCGAAAUUAGUUCAAGAUUGGAUUAUCAAGUUUUCAGAAGAAACGUUGACCAACUGGAUUGUGUCUCGUAAAAUUAUAAAUCCCAAAAGAUUUUUGUUUAAAAAAAUAAACAAGUGUCAACAUAAUGAAAAAAAUAAAUCAAAAAGCUUGGAAAUGAAAACACGUAAUCGGAGUCUAAAAUGUGAUGCUACUAUAUUACAAUUUUUGUCAAAAAAAUUACGAAAAAUACUAUCAAAAAUGAUAAUUUGUUAA